ACCAAAGGAAACCUGAAGACACACCUCGGGGUUCACCGAACCAACACGUCCAUUAAGACGCAGCAUUCAUGCCCCAUCUGCCAGAAGAAGUUCACCAACGCUGUGAUGCUGCAGCAGCAUAUUCGCAUGCACAUGGGCGGUCAGAUUCCCAACACACCCCUGCCGGAGAAUCCCUGUGACUUUACGGGUCCUGAGCCGAUGACAGGGGGUGAGAAUGGCAGCACCGGCGCCAUCUGCCGUGACGAUGUCAUCGAAAGUAUCGAUGUAGAGGAAGUUGGCUCCCAGGAGGCUCCCGGCAGCUCCUCGAAGGUCCCCACGCCUCUUCCCAGCAUCCACUCAGCAUCACCCACACUAGGGUUUGCCAUGAUGGCUUCCUUAGAUGCCCCAGGGAAAGUGGGUCCUGCCCCUUUUAACCUGCAGCGCCAGAGCAGCAGAGAAAACGGUUCCGGGGAGAGCGACGGCUUGACCAACGACUCGUCCUCACUGAUGGGAGACCAGGAGUAUCAGAGCCGGAGCCCAGACAUCCUGGAAACCACGUCCUUCCAGGCACUUUCCCCGGCCAAUAGUCAAGCCGAAAGCAUCAAGUCAAAGUCUCCCGAUGGUGGGAGCAAAGCAGAGAGCUCCGAGAACAGCCGCACUGAGAUGGAAGGUCGGAGCAGUCUCCCUUCCACGUUUAUCCGAGCCCAGCCAACCUACGUCAAGGUUGAAGUUCCUGGCACGUUUGUGGGACCCUCAACCUUGUCCGCAGGGAUGACCCCUUUGUUAGCAGCCCAGCCACGCCGACAGGCCAAGCAACAUGGCUGCACACGGUGUGGGAAGAACUUCUCGUCCGCCAGCGCUCUUCAGAUCCACGAGCGGACUCACACUGGAGAGAAGCCUUUUGUGUGCAACAUUUGUGGGCGAGCUUUUACCACCAAAGGGAACUUGAAGGUUCACUACAUGACACACGGAGCAAACAAUAACUCGGCCCGCCGUGGAAGGAAGCUGGCCAUCGAGAACACCAUGGCUCUGUUAGGUACGGACGGAAAAAGAGUCUCGGAAAUGUUUCCCAAGGAAAUCCUGGCCCCUUCCGUGAACGUGGACCCUGUUGUGUGGAACCAGUACACCAGCAUGCUCAACGGCGGUCUGGCCGUGAAGACCAAUGAGAUCUCUGUGAUCCAGAGCGGGGGCGUUCCUACCCUCCCGGUGUCCUUGGGGGCCA